AUGGAUACUGGAAGAACGAAUACUCGGAAAUACAGUUUCAGAUGUCCUGAUCUUAAUGAAUUGAGAAAGCUAGCAUCUUUUGUGAAUGAUCCUAAGGAUUUCAUAGACCGUUUUGGAAGACUUUUGUCUGUUCUAUCUACUCAUGUUGAGGAUGGUCUUCUUUGUACUCUGGUUCAGUUCUACGAUCCCUUUUACCGAGGCUUCAUUUUCCCUGAUUAUCAGUUGUUGUCUACCUUGGAGGAGCAUGCUUAUCUUUUAGGUAUACCAGUUUCUGAUAGGGUUCCUUUUUGUUGUUUGGAAGGGAUUCUGAAGUCUCAAGUUAUUGUUGGAGCUAUUCACAUGAAGAAAUAUGACGUAGAUGCUAAUCUCACUGUCAAAGUAGGUAUCAGAGGGUUGACUUCAAAAUUUCUGAUUGAGAGAGCCUCUUCUUUUGCUAAUGCUGAUAGCAUGGUGGCCUUCAAAGUUAUUCUUGCCUUACUCAUCUAUGGCUUGGUAUUAUUUACCAACAUUGACAAUUUUGUGGAUGUUAAUGUUGGUAGGAUGUUUUUGGUUGGGAAUCAUGUUCCAACUUUGCUUGGUGACACCUAUUUCUCCAUUAAUCACAUGACUUCUAAGGGAAAUGGAACUAGUAUCUACUGUGCACCUUUGCUAUACAAGUGGUUUAUUUCGCACUUGCCAUAA